AAGCCUAAAAUGUGGUUAUGAUUUUGGUUUUACCUUUCUGUGUGAGAUUUAAGGGAGGGUUAUAAUCACUCUGUUUUACAUAUGAAAAGAUUGAGCUCAUUUAAAUUCUGGACAUGGUCCUGAGCGAUCAGUCCAUUGCAGUGCUCACGAGGACUUUCUGACUUGUUUCGCAACCAUUCAUCACUUCAUGCAGUUCAACUCGUUUGUCUCUUUAGUUUGUUCGUUCAUGAGAAAUAAAUGUGGUACUAUAAAGCGUGAACACAAGAUUUAGAAACGUUUCUCCUUUGAACUAAUCCAGAGGCUUGGACCUGCGUAACUUGUAUCCACGCUGCCAGGACUACCAUACUGACGAGAUGGAAUUUGCAGACGAAGAGAAGGGAGGUGAUCAACUUGAGCAAAGUGUUCAGGAGUCUAUGGCACGCGAGCCGACAGAUAAGGAAGAAGAUGCCCCUGUAGGUAAGUUUUAAGCAUAUGGGUCUGCUGAAUGAGACGGUGUCAGCUGCGGUGCAGGAAGUCCAUCACCAAUAGACCCAGCUGGUUGUGAAAAAUACCGGAAAGAAGAACAUAGAAGAGGAGUGUGCCGGCACACCUCUUGCUCCGGCUGUUUCUCUUUGGACCUCUGAUGCCGAUGGCUCAGUAAGACUGAGAAUAGAUGAGGGAUGUCCUGAGGAACCUGUCACAGUUCACCAAAUAUUCAAAGCAUCAGUCGAAAAAUAUGGAAACAUGCACGCCCUCGCCAGCAAGAAGAACAACAAAUGGGAGAAGAUAACCUUCUUAGAGUACUACCAGUUCUGCCGGAAGGCAGCCAAGAGCUUUAUAAAGCUUGGAUUAGAGCGAUUCCAUGGAGUGGCAAUACUAGGAUUCAAUUCAGCUGAAUGGUUCUUCUCUGCGGUCGGUGCCAUCAUGGCCGGGGGGAUAAUGACAGGAAUUUAUGCUACAAACUCACCAGAGGCUUGCCAGUAUGUGGCUAGUGACUCCAAAUCCAACAUCAUUGUGGUGGAAAACCAAAAGCAACUGGAUAAAAUCUUGCAGAUACGUGACAGGCUGCCCUAUUUGAAAGCCAUAGUGCAGUACAGUGGAGAACCUCAGCAGAAGAUCUCCAAUCUUUACUCUUGGGGGGAGUUCAUGGAGCUGGGUCUGGAUGUUUCCGAGACAGAAGUGGAUGACAUCAUCAGUAGCCAGAGAGCCAAUCAAUGCUGUGUUUUGAUCUACACCUCUGGCACCACGGGCAAGCCGAAGGGAGUCAUGCUUAGUCAUGACAAUAUCACAUGGACUGCCAAAAACGCAAGCAGGGCCGGGGACAUGCAGCCAGCUGACACUAAACAGGAGUCACUGGUGAGCUACCUGCCGCUCAGCCACAUCGCUGCUCAGAUCUAUGACCUCUGGACGGGCAUCCAGUGGGGCGAGCUCGUAUACUUUGCACAGCCAGAUGCCUUAAAGGGAAGCCUGGUAACAACGCUGCGAGAAGUUUGUCCCACAUCCCACAUGGGCGUCCCGCGGGUAUGGGAGAAGAUGAUGGAGAAGAUAAAAGAGGGCAUCAGCGAGUGUGGAUAUUUGAAGAAGAAGUUGAUCACAUGGGCAAUGUCAGUCAGUCUGGAAGCCAAUCAGAAGUAUAUGUACAAGGAGGAUGAGAGACCAUUCCUCGUCUCCCUGGCUGACAGCCUUGUGCUGCAGAAGCUUCGGGCUGAGCUUGGCCUUUCUUGCUGUCGGAAGUUUUUCUCUGGAGCCGCACCGAUCAGCAGCGAAACUGUGCAGUUUUUCCUGGGCUUGAAUAUCUGCUUGUACGAGGCGUAUGGCAUGAGUGAGAGUACAGGACCACACUUUAUGUCAGGUCCCAAAGCUUACAAACUACCAAGCUGCGGUAAGGUGGUGCCUGGCUGUCGAUACAAGAUGGCCGACAUCGACUGUGAGGGGACGGGUGAAAUUUGCUUUUGGGGACGUAACAUUUUCAUGGGUUUCCUGAACAUGGAAGACAAGACAAGAGAAGCUUUGGAUGAAGACGGAUGGCUCCAUUCUGGAGACCUGGGGAAGAUAGACGAGGAGGGUUUCUUGUACAUCACAGGGAGGAUAAAAGAGUUGAUCAUCACAGCUGGAGGGGAGAAUAUUCCCCCUGUUCCCAUCGAGGAAGCAGUGAAGAAGGAGCUGCCCAUCAUCAGCAGUGCCAUGCUCAUAGGUGACAAGAGGAAAUUCUUGUCAAUGCUUUUGACCCUCAAGUGCUGUAGUGAUGCAGAAACCAUGGAACCGACAGAGGAGCUGAGCCCGGAGGCUGUGGAGUUUUGCAAACAGCUCGGCAGCCAAGCAACUAAAGUGUCUGACAUCAUUGGAGGAAAAGACAAAGAGGUGUACCAGGCAAUUCAAGAUGGAAUCAACAGAGUCAACUCUGCUGCCACUUCUAAUGCCCAGCGCAUACAAAAGUGGACGAUUCUCAGCAAGGACUUUUCUGUUUCUGGAGGAGAGCUAGGCCCCACUAUGAAGCUUCGGCGCCCGGUCGUGUUGGAGAUGUACCACAAGGUCGUAGAGAACUUAUAUCAAGAAUAGUGCGACUGACUGUGUAACUGUCUGAGAAUCACGUGGCACCUGCAUAUCUCAUCAUUCUUGUGGACAUGCAUGGGAUUUAAUUAUAUGUGUUGUGUGUAUAGAAUGCAUAAAGAAUAGAGGUACUAUAUUUAUUUAUUUUUAAUAUUCAAGAGGAAACCAGGAUUAAGAUUUAAAUAGUGAAUAAUACUUGCUAAUACAAUAUUAAGAAUUUCCCAACGUUACAGCAUUUUCAUGCAUUUCUCAUAGGCUUAAAUAUGUGCUUCUAGUUCAUCUUUGUCUUUAGUCAACAAAACAAUUUGUUUUUCCUGCUUAAAACCAUACCAGCUACAUUACUUGCAUUACAGGAUCUUACUGUUUAUUUUGUGUAAACGUUUGGUGGUAUAGAGUAUAUGGUUUACGACAAAUUCAGAUAAAAACUCAACUUUCACCAGGAAUCUAAUCACAGGUCAACCUCAUAGCAGCUAGAAGGGCAUAUGACACCCCUGAGAGUCAUUUGUAUAACACUGAAUAAAAAGUCUUGCAUUUC